UAUCUCCACAAAAAAAAAGAGAGAGUGAGGGUAAGAGAGAGAGAGAGCACUUUCUUCUUCUUCAUCUCACUUGCACACACUUCACAGUUCUAGAGAGAGAGAGAGUGAGCGAUAGUCUUUCCUUUUCUACUGUAGAUUUCUAAUUCUUCAAUUCCCCCCUUUUCUGUUACUCCCCGCUUCUUUGAUCCCUUUCUGCAAAUCAUCUGUUUCUCGAAAUAUCUCUGAUUUCUGGGUUUGUUUCCUUGUUUUCAAUUAAAAAUUCAUUUCAAAAAGCAAACUUGAACCAGGAUUUCAAGAUAGCCAGGUGUUUUUCCAGAACGAGAUCCGUUUUAUUUUAGAUAAUUUAACCCUUAAUUCUUUUUCAUUUUUUGUGACCUGAUUUCUGCUUCUCCAAAUUUGAGGGCUUUAUUUGUCGUUCCCUCAAAAAAGGCUGUUUUUUUCUCAGCCAAAUUGGAUUACAAGGGUUGCCUAUUUUAAACCCUAAUCCAAGAAGCAAUUUUUUUCUUCAAAAAAAAAAAAAACAAAAAAAUCCCUCUUUUCCUUCUUUGUCAAUAUUUCUUUAUUGUUAGCAGCCUUGUUUCUUGAAUUUUACUAAGAAACAAGCACUUUUGUUAUUUCCCCUCCCCAUUUCUUUAAUUUAGAAUUACUCGUAUUAUAUAUUGUCAUGGCAGCUACAAUGAAUAUUUGGAGUAGCUCAGGUGAUGUAGAUCCAUUUAUAGGUGGAGAAUUAAUGGAAGCACUUGAGCCUUUUAUGAAAAGUGCUAUUUCCUCACAACUUUCUACUUCUUCCAAUCUCCCUUCUUUCCCCCCUUCUUAUUCAAAUGAUCAAUUCUUCUCUAUCCAAACAGACCCUUCGCCCUCUUAUUCCUCUUCCUCCCCCUCCAGUUUCUUCCCCUCCAGUUCCUACUUUUCCCCUAUUUCCUCCUCUCAAUUCGAGCCCAAUCUCUACCAAGAUCAGGCCCAAACACAAUAUUCCUUCAACCCGGCCCAAACACCUCAAUUUGGGCUCGAGCUGGGCCUCAACCCAAUUUCCCAACCUCAAAUCCAAGAUAUUCAUGCCCAAAUAUCCUACCCGGCCCAAUACCCAUACCCGCCCCCAACAUCCCACGGACUUGGGCCGCGGCCCGUACCCAUGAAGCAGUCGAGCUCGCCGCCGAAGCCCAUGAAGCUCUACCGCGGCGUGCGGCAGCGCCACUGGGGCAAGUGGGUGGCAGAGAUCCGCCUCCCGCGGAACCGGACCCGCCUCUGGCUCGGCACGUUCGACACCGCGGAGGAGGCCGCCCUCGCCUACGACAAGGCCGCCUACAAGCUCCGCGGCGACUUAGCCCGCCUCAACUUCCCCCACCUCCGUCACAGCGGCUCCCACAUCGGCGGCGAGUUCGGCGAGUACAAGCCCCUCCAGGCCGCAGUCGACGCCAAACUCGCCGCUAUCUGCCAGACUCUGGCGGAGGGGAAGAGCGUCGACGCCAAAAAGGGCGGGAAAAAGACUUCGGAUUCAAAAAAAUCGAAGUCAAAAAAGACCGCCCUGGCCUCUGCCUCAGCAAAUGAGGUGGAGGGUGGAAUGGUCAAGAUAAAUGAGGCCGAGAGCGACGGAUCGGGCGGGUUGUCGCCCGAGUCGGAGCUUGUGUUCCCGGAGUUUGUGGAGGAGGAGCAAUUCGGGCUGGAUUUCGGGUCGUUGGAGAAGUAUCCGUCUUACGAGAUAGAUUGGUCGGCUUUGUGAUUUGGCGGGAGUUGUUUGCAAAUUAGUUCUUGUUUUGGUGUAGUAGUUUGUAAAUUUAUUGUUUUGUAGGGGACCUGCGGUGGAAUUUUAGGCAUUUGCAGGCGGUAUUUUGUAAUUUGUUGUUGUUUAUGUUUUGCUUAGUUUUUGUAUUAACCGGUUUAGCUGAUUUUUGCAUGGCUAAAUCGGAUUAAGGAGAGAUCCUUUGUUAUCUGUUUUAUGUGUAAUUGUUAUUUUAGUGGAAUUUAGCUUCAUUAUAA